GCGAGUGGAAUCCUCAGAAGAACGAGGAUUUCCUCUUGGCGAUGAUGGACGAGCCUGGCUUUAUGCGGGCGUUCAUUACGGCGGUGGCGAUGCUUCUUGGUUACCUCAAGGGGUUGGCGGCGUUCGAUGGCGAUCUCUGGAAGGCGCCGGUGCUGGUGCAGCUGAUCUGUGCGGCGGGGAAGCACAGGUCGGCGAGCGUGGCGGUGGCGCUGGCGAUCCUUUUCAACCUUCAGUUUGAACUGCCCUCCCACAGUGAGACGGGGGUGUAUGGCGUUGGCGAUAUCCCUCUGACACAGAGGGGCAAGGACAAAAUCAUUGCGGCGGUGAACGAGGUGGGGAGGAAGCUCGGCAUUAAGGCGGACUCCCCACCCAAGGCGCCGGCGACGACGAAGGCACCACCAGCAGCGGCGGCUCCGCCGGCGAAGGCGAUGCCAACGACGAAGGGUGACUCCAAGGGCUCCCAGGCGGCGGCGCCG